GAACCGGAAGCGUGCGUGGACGAGAAGCUCACACAUCGCCGUCCCAUUCCUCCACGCCGCCCCGCUCACUCCACAAAUACGCUGCACUCUUCCCUCCCUAGUCCCAACCUUCGCCGCCCUCCCUCGACCCCGCCGCUUCGAUCCGCUGUCGGCAUAAUGGGAAUAGCCACCCUGUGGCGGCUAGGAGGCCGCGGGAUCGUCGCCGCCAGGAGGCUACCGCUGGGCCUCCGCCCCGCCUCCACUUCGGCCUCCGCGACCUCGUGCCGGGCCGUCCUGUUACCUCGAUUCGGAGGGCCCGAGGUUCUUGAGGUGCGCUCGGACGUCGCCGUCCCCGAUCUGAAGCCGCGGGAGGUCCUCGUCCGCGCCCGCGCCGUCUCCAUCAACCCCUUGGAUUUACGGAUGCGAUGUGGUUAUGGUCGUUGUAUAUUUGAACCACUGUUGCCGAUAAUCCUUGGUCGGGAUAUUAGCGGUGAAGUUGCAGCCGUAGGAGCUUCCGUUUCUUCAUUAGAUGUUGGUCAAGAAGUGUUUGGAGCACUACACCCAACGGCUGUGAGAGGUACUUAUGCGGAUUACGCCAUUCUCUCAGAAGACGAGCUGACAGUCAAACCAGCUUCGAUAACUCAUGUGGAAGCCAGUGCUAUUCCAUUUGCUGCCUUGACAGCAUGGCGUGCCUUGAAAAGCACAGCUCGAAUAACUGAUGGACAAAGAGUGUUAGUGAUUGGCGGGGGAGGAGCAGUUGGUCUAGCUGCAAUUCAGAUUGCAGUAGCUGCCGGCUGCAGUGUUUCUACUACAUGUGGAAGCCAGAGUAUUGACCGAGUGUUAUCAGUUGGUGCUGAACAGGCCAUUGAUUAUACUGCUGAGGACAUAGAGAAUGCAAUUAAAGGACAAUUUGAUGUUGUUCUUGAUACCAUAGGUGCACCUGAAACUGAGAAGACUGGCAUCAAUCUUUUGAGGAAAGGUGGACAUUAUAUGACGCUGCAGGGUGAAGCAGCUUCCUUGGCAGAUCGGUAUGGAUUGCCGAUCGGUUUGCCUGCUGCAACAGCUAUUUUGCUAAAGAAGCAACUCCAAUACAGAUAUUCUCAUGGAAUAGAUUACUGGUGGACGUACAUGAGGGCGGACGCCGAAGGUUUACAUGAGAUUCGCCGACUGUCAACAGCAGGGAUGCUGAAAAUUCCAGUAGAUAAGGUAUUUCCCAUUGCAGAAGUGCAAAAGGCCCAUGAGGUGAAGCAAAAGAGACGUGUACCAGGGAAGGUGGUUUUAGAAGUUGCCUGAACAACCCCAGUCACAUCUCCCUCAGACCCAAUGCUGGAACGUAUGUUUUCCAUUUUUUCCCCCCUUUUUCCCCCGUUUUCUCUUCAUAAAAAUUUGCAUUCUCAAAGGGUUCUGCUAACUAAAUGUGCAAAAAUACAUUCCACAUCGAUCCACCCAAUUGUUUGUUCAGAUAAAAAUUUCCUUUUGAUAAUUCAGGUAUGUGUUUCACCAGGUAAAUUUGAAAUAGUUUAUACAUUCAAAGUCAAUUUUCGAAA